UCUGUUGCGAUCUCUUUCUGCAAGACUUACGGGAUGGGGGCGAGUCUCUUAAACCGCGAUCUGAAAUUACUCGUGCGUUCUACUCCUCACGAACCUUCUCGUAGAAACUUCGCCAUCGCCUUCGACGAAACUCGAACAGAGUAAAAUGGCAGCCGGACCCCCGAACGUUUCCAUCUUCUUUGCCUCAAACAUUUCCACUCGGAGGAGUCAAGGCCGAGACUUGUUGCUUAAAAAACUAGCUCGACGGUGCAAGAGCAAAUAACCCGAGAGGGUAAUCCAACGUGGUAGGUGCUCUGUUUUGCGGGCGGGGAUGAAGAUGAUGUCUCGAGAUCCAUGCGCGACUCCAUUUGGCAACAGCGCAUCGGGAUUCUGACCAUGUCGCAUUUACCGUCGGAGGAAGACGAGUUCUACUGCGGGGCAUUCGUUCCUGCAUGUCCCGCGACAUUUGUCAAUGGCGGAACGGAGAGCUAUGGCCAUCUGUACGGUCGUGCAGGUCCCUCACCUACCGCGGUAAUGUCAUCUCAACGGCGGAGCAAGGAGCGUGGCACCGGAGUUCGGACACGGCCCUGCUUAUAUAUAGGACUGUAGAAUGGACUCAAAUGGCAGACACGGGGAGAGAGAGAGAGAUUUAUGCCGUGGUGAUCGGGAAAUCUCGCAGAAACGCGGCUGUUGAAGGUUUGCCAGGAGUUCUAGUGCCGUGGUCUUUUGCCUGGCACUGAGCUCUCUGGGUCGGCGACCUUCACAUGCCCCUAGUUCUUUUCGCAGAGUCAUGACUCGAGACGGGAUGGAAGAGGCGGCCCGCUAACGCAUAUGUGUUCUUCUGUUUUCAGUAUCUCGCUGCGAGUCAAGUCUGUGCAGUGCCAAGUUAAUUAAGGGCAGUUGCUCUUCAUUGGCUUCUACAUUCUUGGGAGGAAAUGAAUCUUAGUCAGUGUUCACGGCGUUCGGACAUCACACUGCCCUUUGUUGAGGGUCUACAUCACGUGAAUGUGAAACCUAAACCAGCUUUGAUGGUUAGUAGAUCCACGAGGAGAACUAGAUCUUGUUGUGGAAGCAAGAACAUGAUAACAUGUAGCCAUUUGAUGCCUGGGCACCUAGAAGGAUCUUUUGUGGGGAAGAAGCAGGUGGAGGAGCGUCCUGAGAAGCUGGACUUUGUGAGGACAUUGUUGAUUGACAACUACGAUAGUUACACAUACAACAUCUACCAGGAGUUAUCAGUUAUCAAUGGGGUGCCUCCUGUUGUGAUUAGGAAUGAUAGUUGGACGUGGAAGGACAUAUAUCACCAUUUGUAUGAAGAAAAUGCGUUCGAUAAUAUAGUUAUAUCACCUGGACCUGGUUCUCCAACAUGCCCUGCAGAUGUAGGAAUAUGUCUUCAGCUGUUGCUUGAGUGCAAGGACAUACCAAUUUUGGGUGUUUGCCUCGGACACCAGGCUUUGGGUUAUGUACAUGGCGCAAAAGUUGUACAUGCAUCUCAACCAGUCCAUGGUCGCUUGAGUGAGAUUGAGCAUAGUGGUAGCAGGCUAUUUCAUGACAUUCCUUCUGGUAGAAACUCGGGAUUUAAGGUGGUUCGGUAUCAUUCUCUUGUUUUAGAUGCACAAACACUUCCUGAAGAACUCAUCCCUAUAGCAUGGACCACUUCUAGUGAUGCCAUUUCCUUUUCUGAGGACAAUGUUGUUUCUCCAGAUGCCUAUGCUAAAAGUAGGGAAGGAUACUCAACUUUAUUUUCAGAAAAGAGAAACGAAAACUCCUGGCCUUUUAGCAAUUCUGAAGACAUACGAAGCAGAAAAGUCCUUAUGGGCAUCAUGCAUUCUACUUGGCCUCAUUAUGGUGUGCAGUUUCAUCCGGAGAGUGUUGCGACUUGUCAUGGGAGACAGAUUUUCAAGAACUUUAGGCGAAUAACUGAAGACUACUGGCUGAGAUCAAACUCCUCUUUCUUCAGAAGGAGAUAUGCUCAUUUUACUGCGCGAAUCCAGGUGCCCCGUGCUAAUCAUAUGUCAGGACAAGUUCAUCUAACAAAUACUCCCUCAGUGGAGAUUAAUGGCAAUCACUUGCUUCAAGAGGUUACUAGAAGCAGAAGAAUAUCGUAUGAUUUGGACGAGAGGAGCUGCUUUGGUAUGUCAAAUCUGGGAACUUCACCUGCAACCACUGACAUGAAACGACUUAAAUUGACGUGGAGAAGGCUAGAAGGUUCGGCUACUAAACUCGGCGGAGCCAAGAACAUGUUCUGUGAACUUUUUUCUGAUGACAAGGCGGAGAAUACCUUUUGGUUGGAUAGUUCGUCAAUUGAGAAGGGAAGAGCUAGAUUUUCUUUUAUGGGUGGGAAAGGAGGACCUCUUUGGAAGCAACUGACAUUUAGAUUGACCGAGAGAAGUGAUACAACUCAUUGUGGAGGUUAUCUAUCAGUUGAAGAUGCUCAUGGCCAUGCUAGUAGCACAUACUUGGAAAAAGGUUUCCUUGAUUUCUUGAACAAGGAGCUUCUAUCAUUUCAUUGUGAAGAAAAAGAUUUUGAAGGGUUACCGUUUGAGUUUUACGGAGGAUUUGUCGGGUACAUAGGGUAUAACCUCAAAGUAGAAUGUGGUGCAGCAACUAAUCGUCACAAGUCAACAGCUCCAGAUGCUUGUUUUCUGUUUGCUGAUAAUAUUGUAGUGGUUGAUCAUCUGAAUGACGAUGUUUAUUUGAUGUCAAUACAUGACCGUGACACACCUGCCACAACAUGGCUGGAUAAUACAGAAGAAAAGCUUCUUACUUUAAGAACAGCUCCUACAGGUGAACCGAAGAACAAAAAUACAGUGUCCACGACAAUUUCCCCCCAUGAAGCAGGCUUUUGUGCUGAGAAAUCCAAAGAGCAGUACAUGGAAGAUGUCAGGAAGUGCUUGAAGUAUAUAAAAGAUGGAGAAAGCUAUGAGUUAUGUUUUACGAACCAAAUAAGGAAAAAAGUUGAGGAGAUGGAUCCUCUGAAACUGUAUCUUCACCUUAGAGAAAGCAAUCCGGCACCAUAUGCUGCUUGGCUUAAUUUUGCAAAGGAGAAUCUCCACAUCUGCUGCUCUUCGCCUGAGAGAUUUCUGCGGUUGGAUAGGUACGGUAUAUUGGAGGCAAAGCCCAUAAAGGGUACCAUAGCUCGGGGAGUGACAAAAGAGGAAGAUGAACAGCGCAAAUUGCAACUGCAGUACAGUGAAAAGGAUCAAGCAGAGAAUCUGAUGAUUGUCGAUCUUCUCAGAAAUGACCUUGGUCGGGUUUGUGAGCCUGGUUCUGUUUUUGUACCUCAUCUCAUGGAUGUUGAGUCAUAUGCCACAGUCCAUACCAUGGUGAGUACGAUAUGUGGAAAGAAGCGGAGCGAUGUUAGUGCAGUUGACUGUGUUAGAGCUGCAUUUCCAGGUGGUUCGAUGACAGGAGCGCCUAAACUGAGAUCUAUGGAACUUCUUGAUUCUCUGGAGAGCUGCUCUAGAGGUAUCUAUUCGGGAUCCAUUGGGUUUUUCUCUAUCAAUCAGACGUUUGACCUGAACAUCGUCAUAAGAACAGUCGUGAUACAUGAUAAUGAAGCUUCGAUUGGGGCGGGCGGGGCCAUUGUCGCCCUAUCGAACCCUGAAGACGAGUACGACGAAAUGAAUUUGAAGACCCGUGCACCGGUGAAGGCGGUGAUGGAUAUUCAGAAUGCUGAGAAUUUGGACCCUGCUGAGUCUCGUCCCCUCGGCAAGUCAAAGGAAAGCAUGUCCAUGACGGCAGAAAAGGAAGCACUUUCUUGAAGAACGGCGACGAACGGUUCUACGUUUACUGAAUGUGUUUAGUUGAAAUGUUCAUUUGAACUCGACUUGCCAGGAGUUUAAA